AUGUGGCAGGGAGUGCGUCUGACGUGCGUUUCCGAGCCCGCUCGGCCUGCGUGGCAGCGAGGUACGGGCGCUUGGCAGCCCGAGCUGAGAGCUUGUCCCGAGCAGCAGUCGCAGCGGGGAUCCUCGGGGGCCGAAGCGGGGCUGUCGUCUUGGCCGUGGACUCCUCCGGGUUGGCCGUCUUUGAGCUCGCAGCCCGCUGGUAGCGUUGGCUUCUUUGCGAACGCGGAGGGGUUUGUGCAGCACCGCAGCCGCUGCGAGAAGGCUAAAGAAAUUCUUACGAAGGAAUCAAAUGUGCAAGAGGUACGUUGCCCUGUCACCGUCUGCGGGGAUGUCCACGGUCAGUUCCAUGAUCUUAUGGAACUCUUCAGAAUUGGUGGGAAAUCACCGGACACAAAUUACCUCUUUAUGGGAGACUACGUGGAUAGAGGCUAUUACUCGGUGGAAACAGUAACUCUUCUAGUAGCAUUAAAGGUGCGUUACCCAGAACGCAUUACAAUACUGAGGGGAAAUCACGAAAGCAGACAGAUUACACAAGUGUACGGCUUCUACGAUGAAUGCCUGCGCAAGUAUGGAAACGCCAACGUCUGGAAGUAUUUCACAGAUCUCUUCGAUUACCUUCCGCUUACGGCUCUAGUAGAUGGCCAGAUAUUCUGUCUCCAUGGUGGCCUCUCUCCAUCGAUAGAUACACUGGAUCAUAUCAGGGCUCUGGACCGCCUGCAGGAAGUUCCACAUGAGGGUCCUAUGUGUGAUCUGUUGUGGUCGGACCCAGAUGAUCGUGGUGGCUGGGGAAUAUCUCCUCGUGGUGCUGGCUACACGUUUGGGCAAGAUAUUUCCGAAACCUUUAACCAUGCCAAUGGUCUUACACUGGUCUCCCGUGCUCACCAACUUGUCAUGGAGGGUUAUAAUUGGUGCCACGAUCGAAACGUGGUUACCAUUUUCAGUGCACCCAAUUACUGUUACCGCUGUGGGAACCAGGCUGCUAUCAUGGAACUAGAUGACACUUUAAAAUAUUCCUUCCUUCAGUUUGACCCGGCGCCUCGUCGCGGAGAGCCUCACGUUACCCGUCGUACCCCAGACUACUUCCUAUAAAUGUCUCCUAACCUCCGUAGAAGGAAGUACACCUGGCAUUUUAAAGAGCAACAAUAUUUACACGUCUCUGUAAGAAAGCGGGUUUCGUCUCAACUAAAAAUCCCCAUCAUGGACCAAAAUGUGCCAUACUGAGGACGAAGAGCAUUUAGCACAACUUGAGACUGAAUUCCUUACAACACUAUAUAUCCUAUACCUAUCAGUCCAACAGUCAGUUUGCCUGCUGUAUUUGUGGUCAUUGUUUUUUGUGGGGUUUUUUUUGUUUUUUGUUUUUUCCCCUAUUCUGGACUGUCCAGAAAGAAGAUAACUCUAACACUUCCAUCUCCUUUUAUGCUUCUUUGUAAAAAGAACUUUUUAGUUGUAGUGGAUAACCGGCAUGAGUGUAGAGUUUGGAGUUUUAUUUUCAAGGGACACUAACUUCUGAAACUGCCACUCGCUUUUUGUUUUAUCGGAUGACGACCACCUUAACUGGAGCA